GGACUGCAUUAUGUGUGUAUAGAAAAAACAUAGACCAAAAGAGCCUAUAUUUAUAUCUAUUUUUUCCUCUGAACAUCCUCCGGGCCAUCACCAAGCCGCUGUAAACACUCAGCUGAGAUGAGUGAUGUCAGUGAAGAGUCGCUGCUGGAUUAUUUCUACUCAUCCGGAGGCAAUUCAGGCAAAGUAAAAAACGCAGACAUACUGAAGACAUAUAAGCCCUUUAUUGGCCAUAGUGACUUGCAAUUACGUGCUAAAUACAGAGAGGAAUUCAAACUCAUCAUCGACAGAAUUGCAGUGGUGAAGUCAGAGAAUGGUGAGAAGUACCUCGUCCUGAAGAAGAAAUACAGGCAGCUACUGCAGGAGCGGGACACAGGGGAUUAUGGGACAAACAGGGACGGACAGAGGCAGCCCAGCCCGGCCGGCGUGCAGGUGGAGGAGAUGGACGUGUCCUCCCAGAAGGAGCAGCAGGACGUCCCCACUGAGGAGGGCAGGCCGGGUCAGGUGAUGUGGUGCGGUGGCUCCAGCAUCGCCUCAGAAUCCACUGACCAGACACACUCACAGGAGGACUCAGGCAGGACAGCCACCACAAAAGAAACUCCUGUGAUCCAAAUUGAGGAACACUGCAUCGGGGAGGAUGAGCUGGACAAAGAUUCGGGGUCAAAGUCGGAGUCGGAGCAGGACGAGGAGGGCACGGGCAGCAUGGGCUCCACCGCCGUCGCUCUGGACCCCAUAGAGAAAGAGUGGAUCUACUCAGCGGCCUGCGCUCGAGUCCCUGACCUCUCCCAGCUGCUCAGACAGGACCCCUCGCUGGCCAACAAGAAGGACUUCACCUCAGGGUUCUCACACCGUCCUGUGGCCAUGGCAGACCACCUUCUAAGAGUAGCCCUAAGCCUCUGCCAUCCCCACCCGGACAAGAUAGCACGGCCGCCAUUGAAGUGCAGAGAGAUGGGGGGGAUUAAGGAGAGUCUUAAUGCACCACAAAGACUUCACCCACUUAAAGAUAAUCUGAAAUUUACAGCUCUGCACUGGGCAGCCAAACAUGGCAGAGAGGAUAUGGCCACGCUGGUGGUUGAUGCUGGCGCUGAUGUCAACACCAAAUCACACGGGGGAUACACACCUUUACACAUUGCAGCAUUACAUGGUCAUCGGCAUAUUCUUGACCUGCUCAUAGGGACAUAUGGUGCUAAAGAAAACUUAAGAGACUACAGCGGCCAUCUCGCCUGCCACUAUCUGAACAUCAGACAGCCAGAGGGGCCAGAGGAAGACAGCGAGCUACAGUACCAAGCCACCCAGGCCAGAGAGCGGAACAGGAACAGGAAGCUGACGUCGUUGUUCCAGUCCAAGAAGAAGUGGGGCUCAGCGGAGGAUCUGGCUCCCAUCGAGGAGGAGAGGGCGGCGCCGCAUCAGCUCAUCCUCCCCGCGUUCAGACCCCGGAAAUUCUCGCGCUGAAGAGACUCUGACUUGCGCUUACCUACACACAGUCGCACAAGUUGGCAUAUGUGCACACAAACAGCUCAACAAAUACGCUUUAAUAUUGACUAGGGUCUGUUCUAGUUGAUGCUUUGUGUAGAUAUCAGCAAUAUUUAUACUUACUAUAGCCUGGAAGUAUUUUAGGAAGCCAUUAAAUGUAAAUGAAGGUUACUGAAGCACAUGUACCUGCCUCACAUUUACAGAUUGAGCUCUGGCCACACAGACUCUGCAUGCACGCCGUUCCCUUGGUUUAUGUGUCAAAGCAAACAGUUAUGAGAAGCAGGUAACAGCCAUAUAACAGGAGUAUCUAGACUAACUUUUUCAUGCACAAAUUAACCCCGAUCCAGUGACACAUUUCAGAGUUAAAAAAAAAAAAAAAAGAUAUUUGCACUAAGUGAACCAGUGUCUCAGCAGCUGUUCAUCAGUUCAUAAAGGGUUCAGCAUGCAUCCGUCAC